AUGGAGGAGAAAAAACAGUUUCUUUGUGGCGUGGUGGAAGGUUUCUAUGGGAGGCCAUGGUCUAUGGAUCAGAGGAAAGUCCUCUUCCAAUGGAUGCAGCGUUGGGGGUUGAACACCUACCUGUACGGCCCUAAAGACGACCUGAAACACAGACUGUUGUGGAGAGAGGUCUAUUCUCCUGAGGAGGAGGGUCAUUUGCGUACUCUGAUUGUUGAGGCCCAGUCUAGGGGCCUGAGGUUUGUUUACGCCCUCUCUCCUGGUCAGGACAUCGUCUUCUCCUCUUCCUGUGACCUCACGCUGCUCAAACGCAAGCUGAGACAGGUAUCAGAUCUGGGUUGCCAGGCAUUUGCCAUUCUGUUUGAUGACAUCGAUCACUCCAUGUGCCAGGCCGACAGUGAGGCCUUCUCUUCGUUCGCUCACGCUCAGGUCACCGUAGCCAAUGAGAUCUAUCGGUUCUUGGGCGAACCGCCAGUCUUCCUCUUCUGCCCCACAGAGUAUUGUGGUUCUCUGUGUUCUCCAAGUGUGUCCAAAUCUCCCUACCUGCAGACAGUAGGGGAGGACCUGCUGCCCAACAUCACAGUAAUAUGGACUGGCAGUAAGGUCAUCUCCAGGAAACUGUCCGUGGACUGCCUGGCCGAGGUGGAAUCCGUCCUCCAACGCCCCCCGCUCAUCUGGGACAACCUCCACGCCAACGAUUAUGACUCCCGACGCCUCUUCCUGGGGCCCUUCAAAGGCAGAGAGCCACAGCUCAGAAACAGCCUGAGGGGCCUGCUGCUCAACCCCAACUGCGAGUUUGAGGCCAACUAUAUCCCACUGCAUACGCUUGGAAGCUGGUACAGAGCUGGAAAAGAGGAGAAGAAAGAUGAGGAGAGUGAGUACUGUCCUGAUAGAGCUCUGUCUGCUGCACUACAUGACUGGAUGGAUGAACUCAACCAACCAUUACAACCAGGUCGCCAGAGCAGACAUACAGAGCAGCGUUCCUCUGGCCCCACGUCCCGCUCCAAAACCCCCGACAGAUCCGACCGCCCUCCCGCUGUCAGAGGGAGCUCUGUGCUGCCAAAACCCCUUCCUGUCUUCCCCCUGAACCCCAGCUCCCCACCCUCCUCACCCUCAAAGGAUGCAGCCAAGAGAGAGGAGAGAGAGAGGCACGAGGGGGAGAAGAAGAAGUCAAACCAGUCAAAUCAUCAGUCCAGUCAGGGUAACCCCAAAGCCCAGGGUUUUAAGCCUGGAGCUCCUGCAGGGGGAGGCCCAAGGCAAAAGACCCAGGGUCGGGGGUCCUGUGGUGGCAAAGGUCUGCUGAGCGAGUCCCAGGUGCGGCUGUUGGUUGGUCUUUACUACCUGCCCCAUGAGCACGGCCCAUCAGCCCAGAGGCUGCUGCAGGACCUGACCUGGCUCAAAACAAACUGCCACCUGGUCAGCGCCAACGGCAAGAAGCCCCCGCCCCAGAAGGUUGAUGAGUGGCGAGGCCGGGCGUCCAGGUUCAUGUCUCUGUGUGAGGAAAUAGCAGAGCUGCACUGCAGUGUGGUGGGCGGGGCCAACAGGGCUGUGCUCUAUGACCUUUACCCUUAUGUGUGGGACCUGAGGAACACCGCGCUGGUGGCCAAGGCCUUCAUCUGCUGGCUUGAUGGACGGGUGCUGAGCGACAGCUCUACCCUGGGGUCCUGGAGGAACUGCUUCCACUGGUGUGGGACGACCACAGGGGCGGACGUCCUGGGAGUGGAGUCAGAGCCCUGGGUGUUCAAAGGGGGCGUGUCUGGGGAAGUGCAGAUGCUUCUCCCCAUAGGUGGCAGCAGUGAGCUUUUCACUCAUCCUCCUCCACUCUUCCCUACCUCUCGUCUCUACAAUGUCAGGCCGUACCACAGCAAGGAUAAGGUUGAGCUGUAUCGGAUGGUGCGCCAGCUUCACCUGAGGACUCAAGGUGGCCAGGAGUCCAGCUCUGCUCACCCAGAUGUCAUAGGAGACAGAUGUUUAGGGCCGUGCCUGGCUUUGUGUCCAGAGUACAGCUUCAUUCUAGAGGAUGAGCUGGGUGUGUGCGGCUGUGUGUUGGGCAUCUUGGAUGUCCGCUCCUUCGCCAAGCGAUGCCAGGCCAGCUGGAUGCCUGCCAUGAGGGACAAGUACCCACCCAGAGGGGGCAACACACACUCCAACACCCAGGAUUUGCUCCAGUUGAUGGAGGAGGACCAGGGAGAGUAUCCAGACUCCCUCCUCUACCACUUCCCCUCCCAGCUGCGACUGGACGCCCUGCCUGAACUGGUGGACGUCAGCGUCAGCCGCACCCUGCUCACCGCCCUGCUCACUGCACUCAAGGCCAAUGGUUCUCAGGGUGUGUUCUGUGAGGUUCAGCCUACAGACCGUCAGAGACUGGAGUUCCUCACCAAACUGGGCUUUCUGGAGAUCCUCAGAGGAGAAGCCAGGAGCAGAGAGGGAGUGGUGCUGGGGAGGCUGCUCUGAACACUGAACACACACACACACCACACACACAGACAUACACAAACACACAAACACACACACACACACACACACACUAGAAAUAUGCACAGAAUAGCAACAGCUAAGCUUAGCAGCGGAACAGGAUCUGUAUUUUCUCAGUCAAGAGAGAAAACCUCUUUUAAAGGGCCAAUCCAGGAUUCCUUUGAGACUGUACAGCAGUAAUGGGGAUGAAUCCACAGAAUCUUAGGGGAUUUACAAAAUAUAAAAUAAGCUUCGAGAUUAGACUUUCACCAGAGCUGUGCUAAUCUUUCUUUGAUUCCACCCGUGGCUGAGGAUUACAAGGUUUAGUCAAGUUUCAAGGAAGUCGACAGCGAAACAGGUUGACGUGGGAGCAGAACUCUGGAUCACAGCCGUUUCAGAAGUUUUCCUCGGUGCGACACACAUUUCAUUUGCUUUUAUGGUUCUGUUUAUUUCUUCUAUUUUCCUGACAUUUGAGUGGAAACGGCACAGAAAUAGAAUACCUGUUAUCAUGUAAUCACAAAACUGUGUGCGAUUUUCCAUGCAGGAUUUGAGAUUUAUAACAGAUGUUGUUGAGCGUGUGCUAACCUCCAGGUGUGAUAUCUCUGAUGUUGUGGCAUAGGAGAUAAUAUGUAGACAAUAUUUUAAUUGAAAUCCAGGGCAACUGGUGUUUGUACCAGAAAAUAGAUAUUUGUCUGAUCUGGCAUUUACAGCUGAUUGUGGGAAUUAACAGGAUGGGAAUAUAGAUUGUGGUUUAUGGGAUGCAUUAUGGGAGGUUCAACAUCUGCCCUGCUGUAGUGUCCUUAAAGAAAACACUUCACACAGAGUACAAAAAAGUAUUUUCCCAGAAACAAACUAUAUCUAUAUACCAGAAAGGAGUCCAAAUUAGUGGCAGAGGAUCCUAGUUUACAUUAGGGAUAAGUGGGAACAAAUUAUUUUGCAUUUUAGGUGAACUGUUCCUUUACUGCUUGAAUUUGCUUUAGGGUUGAGAACGGAGGAGUGGAAGAGCGUGAUGUUUGGCUGAUAUAGACCAGAGGCUCUAAAACAGGAGGAACUGGGGGAGUUGAGACUCUGAGUCGUGGAGCGUCUCCUCUGGUGAUCUCAUGGGUUCGGGCUCCCAUUGGUUCCUGUACGCAACAAUGCAGAUGGUGACCUAUCAAGGUGUGCCUAAAUCCUUCUUCUGCAGAAAUGGGAUGUGCUUGAGGCAUGCCCUUUGUUCCCAAACCAAGUUGUAAAACUUCACAAAAUUGAAAAAAAAAAAAUCCUGUGAUCAGACAUCCUGCAGAUAGGUUGGUCUGGAAACUCCAAGAUGUGGAGGUGGUCAUCCUGCAACGUGAGGUAAAACGGCCAAACGGUCGAUCUUGUGUUCUGCUCCCAGUGUCUGCCUCACGAACGAAGACUUUUCCUCAAUGUUAGGAUGUCAUUUUCAAGCUUCUCUCUGGAUGGUUAUGUAGAGCCAACCAUCAUCAGACCGCAGCCCAGGCAAAGUGUCGGUCUGUCACUGUUUACAUCGGCUUAGUUUACAUUACACAUGCAUGAAGAACAAAGCAUAGUCCGGCUGUCCACAUCAUAGGGUCGAAGGUUUACUGAUGUAGAUCUGUAAACCAUCGUAUAGUUUCAAACUAUGUAAAUUACAUGGUUUGAAACGUAUAAUUUCAGUUUAAAGUUUCAUUCCACUAUGGCGUGAGGGGGAAUUGUAACUGAGUUAAUCAACGUUUGUAUUCAAAGUUUCCUAAACGUCGUAGCUUUAAGAUCUUAGGAGAAAAACAUGACAUUGGAGAUGAAGUGGCGUACACGUGUUGCGUCAUGUCAUCUAUAAAAUUCGAGUGCAUGUACGUUUAAAAUAAAACAAUCAAUGUGAGUUGUUCAGAUUUAAGCAGACACACACACACACACACACACACACACACUAAUCUGAAGUUUACAUUGGACAAGUGAAACCUAGAUAUAAAGUGGAUACCUCUCCCACAUCACUCAUUCUUUAUGUCCUGUACACAGUUGUCAGACACUAUGUAAGGCUAAAACUUCACCAGUGUAUGUGUGUGUGUGUGUGUGCAUGCAUGCGUGUGUGUGUGUGUGUGUGUGUGUGUGUGUGUGUGUGUGUGUGUAUGAUAUACCAACUGAGACAACUGUGUCAUCAUGCCUUUUUUUUGCAUUGACAAACAAAAAACGCAAGCAUUAACACACAGUUCUAUACACACAUAUACUGUGUACACAUUUACACACAUGGCCCCCCACCACACACACACACACACACACACACACACACACACACACACACACACACAAUCAGUAAUGCCUAAAAGAAGCACAAGAGCACUCACAAUCAUAGGACAUCAACUGAAAGUAGAACUAUGAAUGUUCAUUUUUGUAAUACAGCAUCUGAAAAGACACAACAACUGUAUGUGCAAGUAUUUGUAUUUAUACUUUGAAUUCUUUUUGUAUUGUUACUAUGCUUGAUCAAUCACUGACUGAAUGGCACUUAUGUUUAUAAAUAAGAUUUUUAUUUGACCACAUCGGUCUGUGGUGUAUUCCAUGAUAAGAGAAUCUCAUCUCAUUUAGACAAAACGCCAUCCAAAAGUGUUGGUGUUUUUUUUUGUUUUUUUUUUUAAAAAUCAUGUAAAAAAUAAAAAUAAAAAUAAAAUACACACAGGCAACAUGGUGCAUAUCAUGACUCAUGGAGCUAGCUACAGUAACUUUCUUCUUAUGCUGACACCUUUUCACUUGAAGACUUCAAGUAUUUGACAUGUAUUGCCUUUUUUGUUUAAAAGAUAUUUGUAACGAUUAAGAAAAGUGCUAUAUUAUUAUCAUGAUCAUUUUUAUUAUUACAUAUUCAUUUCAUUUAUUCAUUUCUCAAAUAGUUGCCUUUAAAAUCCUGGCAUAAAGCAGCUGACCACUCAAACCAUCUUAGAAAGGCAUUAGCUGUUGUCUGUGUGUACUCACUGUCUCACUGUCUGCUUGCAUUGAGGUAAAUGUACGUCUUUAACAAUGAGUUCCAGUGGAGUGCUACUUAGUAUGUCUAUGCAGGGUAAUGAAGGGGUAAAAAAUAAAAUAAAAUAAAUAAUGUACUGUAGAAUUCAAUCUGUGUUUACAUUGACAAUAACAGUAAAAAAAAUGAUGUUUUAACAAUGAAUGAUUUUAUGGAACUGAUUUUUUUGUGUU